AAUCCCAGGCACCCGAUUGGUUAAGAAGAUGUCGCUCCUGAGAUAUCCCACGCUGGUUAGUCGGGGCUGCUGAAGCGAGGCGGGGAUUGUCUGAAGCGCCGGCUCACUGUGACCCGGAGCGGGUGUGCGUGCCCGAAGUGUACCCGCCACCGGGAGGAUGUUGAGCCGCUUGAUGAGCGGAAGCAGCCGCAGUUUGGAGCAGCAGUGUGUGUGCACCGUGAGGCUGCUGGACGACUCGGAGUAUACGUGCAACGUGCAGAAAGAUGCUAAAGGUCAGCAACUGUUUGAUUUCCUGUGCCACCAUCUGAAUUUGCUGGAGAAAGAUUACUUCGGAAUUCGCUACGUGGAUCCAGAGAAGCAACGGCACUGGCUGGAAUUUACAAAAGGAAUCGUUAAGCAAAUGAGAGCUCGGCCCCCAUAUGUACUGUGCUUCAGGGUAAAGUUUUAUCCCCCAGAUCCAGCAGCUCUAAAAGAAGAAAUCACUCGGUACAUGGUUUUUCUGCAAGUGAAGAGGGAUCUGUACCAUGGGCGAUUAUUGUGUAAAACCUCUGAUGCUGCCUUGCUUGCCGCCUAUAUACUACAGGCUGAGAUUGGGGAUUAUGACCCUGGGAAACACCCAGAAGGGUACAGCUCCAAGUUCCAAUUCCUCCCUAAACACUCAGAGAAGCUGGAGCGCCGGAUCGCGGAGAUUCACCGGAAUGAACUGAGUGGGCUGACCCCUGCAGCAUCUGAGCUGUGUUUUCUGAGGAAAGCUCAGACACUGGAGACAUACGGAGUUGAUCCCCAUCCAUGUAAGGAUGUCUCGGGGAAUUCAGCAUUUCUUGCAUUUACUCCAUUUGGAUUUAUAGUGUUGCAGGGAAAUAAAAGAGUCCAUUUUAUAAAAUGGAGUGAUGCCGCAAAAAUGAAAUUCGAAGGGAAAACUUUUCAUGUUUAUGUCAGAGAGAAGGAGGAAAAGCGCUUGUUGCUCACAUAUGUGGCUCCAAAUCCAGAGGCAUGCAAACACCUGUGGAAAUGUGGGGUGGAAAAUCAGUCAUUCUACAAACUAGAAAACUCCAACCAAGUUCGCACAGUUUCCAGCAGUAACUUAUUCUUUAAAGGCAGCCGAUUUCGAUAUAGUGGUAAAGUUGCUAAGGAAGUUAUGGAAUCAAGUGCCAAGAUCAAGAGAGAUCCACCUGAAAUCCACAGGGCAGGGAUGGUGGCAAGCCGCAGUUGUCCUUCAAUCAGUCACGGGCUACGGUUGAGCAGUGUGCCGCGCACACGAAGGAGAGCAGUACAUAUAUCCAUUAUGGAAGGUCUGGAGUCUCUCCGUGACAGUACUCAUUCUACUCCUAUUUGCUCCUCUGAUCACUUGGAUGCUUUGUCACCUCAUGCUUCACAAGAGACAGUGAUCAGCGAUGAAGCUUACACCCCAAGCUGCAGCAUCCUCCCCACUCCUGUGAGUGAGCCUAGCCUGGAGCUGACAGUUGGGCAGCAGGUGAAUGGUACAUCAUGCAGCCCACAGAAUGAAGAUAGCGAUGUGGCUUCAACCCCCGUCUCUGAUGCAGAAGUUCCUGCUCGAGCACUACCUGGCCCUGAGGUAGCCAGCCCCAUUGAAAGUGAGCCAGAGCAGGCCAAUAAGUUCCUGCAAAGUGUUUUUCGACUGCUGGCAGUUACAUUAUUUCUACUGUUGGCGCUGCUAUUGCUGCUUGUUAUAUUGGCAGAAUCUGAGCUGGAGCUGGCGUUCUUACGGGACAUUCGUCUUACGCCGGAAUUUCAGCAGUUUCAUUAUCAGUACUUCUGUCCCUUACGCCGAUGGAUAUCUUGCAAACUGCACCCUUUCAUGCGACUUGUUGGCUCCUGAGGCUGUAAGAAAAAUGCGACGAGCCCUCUGUGAUCUAGAGGUGUGCUGUCUUCCAGUCUCUUCCCUUUCUCACCCUCUCUUGGUUGGAUGCAAGAAUAAUAAUGCUGUGCUGGGCUCAUAUGUGUAGUGGCUACUUAGGAAUUCAAACUGCGACGAGGGCUAAAUUAUGCCCCAAAUACAGUGGUUUCCAAACCCCUCCCAACAGUGCAUGAUAUUGGGAUAUUCAUACGGUAUUACCAGCAUUGCUCAUUCACCUUGGAGACUAUGCUAAGGAAAAUCACUGCAGGUGGCACCUCAUUUAUUUGAAACCAACUGAACACCCAUAAAAUGCAGGUGUUUGAGAUGCACAUGGUGGUGUAUUGAGUGUAGCACACUGCAUCCAUCUGACUGGAUUAGCAAUCCGCUGGCCAGCAAGAGACUUUAUAAACAGUCCAAUGAUGGGAUGCAUCCCUAGCUAAGGAGGAGUUUGGAAACCACACUCCUGAAACAGUAUAAUAUGUGCAUGAGGGAUCCCAUCUGGGUUCAUUUGAAGCUGUGCAGUUUCAUACAUAUUCACUUGUUUUGUGCCGGUUCAGCUCCAGGGAAUAUCUGUUUAGGCUUUGGUUAUUACAGUGCAGGUUCCGAUCAGAAAGGCAAUUGGUACAGAAUGCAUUCAGUCAGAAAUACUGAGGCUCGCUGGAACGCCUGGAAUGGGUGGGAUGUAAAUAACUAGGACCACAAAUUCCCACAUAACAUUAUUAUAGGGUUCAGCAACACCAAGGAUGACAUUUUGAGGCAGCAGAAGCCAAUAAACAGUUUCCCCAAUUCUCCUGGGGGAUUAGUCCAGUAAAAGGGGGACUAAAACUUUUAGUAUGUGAUAGAAUGCCAAAUUGUAAGCAACUUCUCAAUUGGCCUUUUUUUCCCUUUUCUAUAGUU